AAACACAGUCUUGUGAGUGAAAAAUGUAGAAGGGAUGAAGAUUGUUCUCAUUCAGCACAAUAAUUUCAACACGAUGACAUCUGCAAAGUUUAUCUUCUACCUGACAUGUUUGUUCUUGGGGAAAAUGGUUCAGACGACCGACCUGGAUUCCUCCUCAUCUGUUUAUCAAGGGAAUAGUUUUCUAUCAGUUCAAACUGGGGGAAACUUGACGUUGAAAUGUUUUCAUGAAGCCAGUUCAGCAGCAAGGGUUCACUGGUUUAAACACACUCUGGGACAGAAACCGAGGCUCAUCUCAUCCUACUCCAGGUUCACAAACCUUACAUUUUAUGUUGAAUUCAAGAAUCCACGUUUCACAGUGGAUACUGGAAAUAAUACGAAUCACUUGACGAUAAAAGAUUUGCAAAUUAAUGACUCAGCUACUUACUACUGUGUGAGCAGUAAUACACACAAAAUCAUUUUUUUAGCUACAACUACUGUCAGUGUACAGGGUUCUAGUUCAAACAUCCCAACAUUAAUCCAUCAGUCACCAUCAGAGACCAUCCAGCCAGGAGGCUCUGUGACUCUGAACUGUACAGUACAAACUGGGACCUGUGAUGGACAACACAGUGUUUACUGGUUCAAAGACUCUGAAGAAUCUCAUCCAGCGCUCAUUUACACUGAUGGAGGCAGCACUGAUCAGUGUGAGAGGAAACCCAACACACAAACACACACCUGUGACCACAACCUGCCGAUGGAGAGCCUGAAUCUGUCUCAUGCUGGAACCUACUACUGUGCUGUUGCCUCGUGUGGACACAUUCUGUUUGGAAACGGAACCAAGCUGGACUUUAAAGAUGAGAAGGACUCUCGUAUCUUGGUGUAUUUCUUGAGUGGAGCUCUGACUUUUACCAUCAUCCUUAAUGUCCUUCUGGUUUUCUUACUUUGCAUGAUGAACAAGAGAAACCGCUGUGAAGUUACAGAGUCUCAUGCAAGAUGUUCAGCUCCCUCCACACCAAAUGCAGAGGGUGAACAAAACGAAUCAAACAUCCAAUAUGCGGCGGUGAGAGAACAAAAGAUCAGCAGAUCUAGAAGACAAAGGAACAACCUUGAGUUUGAAUGCACAUACUCAAAUUUGAAGCAAUAGGAGUGUACGUGCAUCAAAGGGGUGACGGUGAGGUCAUUUUAUCACUUUGUCUUUCUUGUGACUACGUGUUGAAGCAGCAACUGUUGCUCCUUUCUGAAAAGAUGUGUUGAUUCAACAUGUAACUUUAGGGCUUUGCUAUGGAAUUGGAAAGGGCUUUUGUUUGUCAGCUUGCUGCUGUUAGUUGUUUGCAUAACUUAAAUCACAAAUGAUAGUAGUUGUGGGAAAAUGUGUUCAAAAACCACACGCAUACUCACACAUUCAAGAUCAGCCGCGGUUUAUGAAUCUUAAAUGCAAUUAUUCUGAUGUAAAAAUCAUUUUGGACACAAUGUUAUAUGUGAAUAUGAAAUAUCAAUUGUUUGUGUGAUCCAUCCAGUGCUAAUGAAUACAGAUUUUUAUAUAUACAAAACCUUUUUGCCUGUCACAAGAUGUCCCUGAAAUUCAAGAUCCUUCCGAAUUGGCUCCACUUUUCAGAAACAAACUCUGCCGUGUGGAUGCACAAAAACACAACACGCGUCCUCCAAUGCUCGUUUGCCUGGUUCAAUUGUUUUGCUGAACAACAAUUUAAAACAAAUUAUAGAUGAAUGAUAAGCUU